CAUGCGUUGACCUCGAUGGCUCGUUUUCUAUUUUCUUUUGGUUCCUAUAAUGUUCUUAUCUUUGAAAGCUGCAUUUCUUGUAGCCAAAAUCAAGAACCAUUUUUUGUGCUGCAAUCUAUCAUGAUUACAGGCCACUUGUGAAUGGCUCCCGCGCUCAAUUGCAAUUUGCUUUUCUUGUAGCCAAAAAGUUUCCUUUGUGCGGCAGUCAUGACAAGCAACUUUUGAUUUAUCGUAAGCGAAAAAGAUGAGCAAAUCUCUUUCCACUCUGCUUGAAGAUUUCACCAAGUAUUACAACGCGGCGCUCCAGCAAAUCCCAGUAUGCUCUGCAAGAGUUCCGCACUCGCACAAAUGGCAGCACUGCAGCAUUACAGGUUUGCAUUUGCUGUCCUAGCUGAAUCUUCUGCAUGACAAACUGCAUUUUUGUUCUUGCGAAAAUUUAUAUAUACAAAUUUUCGCAAGAACGAAAAUACAGUUUGUACUAGCAGUGCGAUACUUUUGCAAUGCAUACCCAGAAGUCCACGACAAGGUCAGUAAAGCUGCGCCAAAGCCCGGCGAUACCACGGAAUUGCCGGUACAGGUGGCAGCGCACGCGGCCCACGAUAUUCAGCACUCCGUGGACGAGUUGGGGAAAUCGUUGGCGGAUACGGCAGACAGCGUGCCGGGGCUGGCAAAGAAGCAGCUGGAGGCAUUUUUGUAGGGGUAGUCAGUGUGUCAUAUCAGAGACGCAGACGACGAGAGCAGUGAUGCCGAAACGAAAUUUUCGGUUCAUCAAUCUGUAUUGCCCAGUACGAUUGAAAAAAAGAUAG